UUUUGGGUGUAGAUAACGACAACAAGGUUCAGAAUAACUUUGGCAAAAAUGAAUAUAAAUUAUGCCACCAGAUGAGCCUUGGUCAAUUUAGCUAGGAAUAUGCCACCCUCUUCAAUCUGUCACCUAAUCCUGCCUAAUGGGCAGGUCAGCCCUGGAGGAAAGUAUUGGCUGUAAAGAAGGAGGAGAAAACAUAACAUCUGGUUGUUUUUAAAUGACUUCUUAUGACAUUGCUUGCCAGAAUAAACAAUGUAAUGGUGAUUUUUUUCCCAGUCUGCGUUACCCACUCCAGGCAGCAGACGGCGAUGUGAGUCUUUCAGUUGAUGGUUCUUGUGUGACGUAUAAUCUAGUGGACGGGACGGGAGGCUUCUUCAACAGCGACAAAAGGCUUCUGAUUCACCCACCGCGGUGGUCUGCUAGCGAACAUAAAACCGAACCAUUUAAGAUCUUUAGACCAUUAUUGUGUAUUUUAUGUAUUAUUAAUCUUAGUGUUUAGAACAUCAUUCUGUUUACGUAUCUACUUGUUCAUUUAAACGCAAUUUGCUUAUUACAUUAGCAAAUCUGUUACAUUGGUAUUGCGCUAGGCUAAUGUCCCUGAGCAUUUUUUAUUUUUAUUUAUUUCACCUUUAUUUAACCAAGUAGACUAGUUGAGAACUAGUUCUCAUUUACAACUGCGACCUGGCAUGAGUUCACUAAACUAGACGGAGAAAGAAGCUCUGAUGGAAGGAGAGGAAGAAGCUUUCAGAAUGAAAGACGAGGAAGAGGAGGCUAUCACAUUGAAAGGAGAGAAUGAUAUUACAGUGAAAGAGGAAGAUGGGAGAGAGGUUGUCAAAGUGGAAGAGGAGGAGGUAGAAGCUUUCAGAAUCAGAAAGGAGGAAGAUGCCGUAACAAUACAAGAAGAGAAUGUAGUGAAAGAAGAGGAAGAACCUUUUAGAGUAAAAGAGGAAGAGGAGGCUAUCUCAAUAAAAGAGGAGGAAGACGUUUUGGGAGUGAAAAAGGAGGAGGCUGAAGAUCCGAUUACCACCAGAGAGAGACAUGACUAUUGUGGAUCCUCUGGGGAGCCUCAACGACAUCCUGAUGCUGACGAGGCAGAGAAGAGUCUCUCCAGAUCAGAACACCAGAUGGACAACACUAGCCCUUCCUCCCUCCCGGAGUCCGUGUGUAGUGCCUCUCCCGGUAGCACCUUACUGCUGGGUAUGAAGAGGUUGUCUGUGCUGCUGGUGGACUGCAGGAAAUCAACUUGUCUGAGUGGAACUGUGAGAGGAGGAGAAGAGAAGAAAGGAUCAGAUCUGACACAUCAAACAGGAGAAAGACCAGACUCAGAAGAACCAGAGCCAGGGACGUCCAAACCAGCAAGAAGACACCAGUGUUCCCACUGUGGAAAGAGUUUUAACCAGAAAGGACACCUGAACCAACAUGAGAGAAUACACACAGGGGAGAAGCCUUACCACUGCUCCCAGUGUGGAAAGGGUUUUAACCAGAAAAGCUACCUGAAAAAACACGAGAGAAUACACAUAGAGGAGAAGCCUUACCACUGCUCCCAGUGUGGAAAGAGUUUUACCCACUUGUGUAAUCUGAAAACACAUGAGAGAAUACACACGGGAGAAAAGCUGUACUGCUGCUCCCAGUGUGGAAGGAGUUUUACCCACUUACGUAACCUGAAAACACAUGAGAGAAUACACACAGGGCAGAAGCCUUACCAUUGCUCCAAGUGUGGAAAGAAUUUUACUGACUUAAAUAACCUGAAAACACAUGAACAAUUACACACAGGGGAGAAGCCUUACUGCUGCUCCCAGUGUGGAAAACGUUUUAACCAGAAAAGCUACCUGAAAAAACACGAGAGAAUACACACAGGAGAAAAGCCUUACCACUGCUCCCAGUGUGGGAAGGGUUGUAACCAGUUAGGUGACCUGAAACGACAUGAGAAAAUACACACAGGAGAAAAGCUGUACUAUUGCUCCCAGUGUGGAAAGGGCUGUAACCACUUAGGUGACCUGAAACGACAUGAGAGAAUACACACAGGAGAAAAUCUGUACUAUUGCUCCCAGUGUGGAAAGGGUUGUAACCACUUAGGUGACCUGAAACGACAUGAGAGAAUACACACAGGAGAAAAGCUGUACCACUGCUCCCAGUGUGGAAAGAGUUUUACCCACUUACGUAACCUGAAAACACAUGAGAUAAUACAUACAGGGGAGAAGCCUUACCACUGCUCCCAGUGUGGAAAGAGUUUUAUCCACUUAUGUAAUCUGAAAACACACAAGCAAUUACACACAGGGGAGAAGCCUUACCACUGCUCCCAGUGUGGAAAGAGUUUUAAUCAGAAAAGCUACCUUAAAAAACAUGAGAGAUCACACACAGGAGACAAGCCUUACCACUGCUCCCAGUGUGGUAAGGGUUGUAACCAGUUAGGGGACCUGAAACAACAUGAGAGAGUACACACAGGAGAAAAGCUGUACCACUGCUCCCAGUGUGGAAAGGAUUUUACCCAGUUAGGGGUCCUGAAACGGCAUGAGAGAAUACACACAGGAGAGAAGCCCUACCACUGCUCCCAGUGUGGAAAGAGUUUUACCCAGUUAGGGGACCUGAAACGACAUGAGAGAAUACACACAGGAGAAAAUCUGUACUAUUGCUCCCAGUGUGGAAAGGGUUGUAACCACUUAGGUGACCUGAAACGACAUGAGAGAAUACACACAGGAGAAAAGCUGUACCACUGCUCCCAGUGUGGAAAGAGUUUUACCCACUUACGUAACCUGAAAACACAUGAGAUAAUACAUACAGGGGAGAAGCCUUACCACUGCUCCCAGUGUGGAAAGAGUUUUAUCCACUUAUGUAAUCUGAAAACACACAAGCAAUUACACACAGGGGAGAAGCCUUACCACUGCUCCCACUGUGGAAAGAGUUUUAAUCAGAAAAGCUACCUUAAAAAACAUGAGAGAUCACACACAGGAGACAAGCCUUACCACUGCUCCCAGUGUGGAAAGGGUUGUAACCAGUUAGGGGACCUGAAACAACAUGAGAGAGUACACACAGGAGAAAAGCUGUACCACUGCUCCCAGUGUGGAAAGGAUUUUACCCAGUUAGGGGUCCUGAAACGGCAUGAGAGAAUACACACAGGAGAGAAGCCUUACCACUGCUCCCAGUGUGGAAAGAGUUUUACCCAGUUAGGGGACCUGAAUCGGCAUGAGAGAAUACACACAGGAGAAAAGCUGUACCACUGCUCCCAGUGUGGAAAGAGUUUUACCCAGUUUUUGAACUUGAAAACACAUGAGAGAAUACACACACAGGGGAGAAGCCUUACCACUCCUCCCAGUGUGGAAAUCGUUUUAAUCAGUUAGGUAACAUGAGAACACUUGAGAAUAAACACACAGUAGAUAAGGAUGUAGGCUACUGAACAGUAGGAAACAGGACAGAUUUUAGUCUGCUGAACAGUAGGACAUAGGAGAGGUGCAAGCCCUAUACGUGGUGGGAGGCUGCAGAGACUCGGGAAAUUCGUGUUAGGUAUUGACUUUACAGUGUUUUCCUUACUGCAUGUAUUUUUAUGUAAAUAAACUGUUAUCUCAGAAUGAUGUUGGGGAUAAUUAAGUACUGGUGCUAUAAUGUCUGGCGCCGCCUCCACUAGCCAAUAGGGAUGUGUGUCAUAGUAUCAUAGGAUAUCAUAGGGUAUCAUAGUAUCAUAGGGCUGUGUAUCAUAGUAUCAUAGGAUAUCAUAGGGAUGGGUAUCAUAGGAUAUCAUAGGGAUGGGUAUCAUAGGAUAUCAUAGGGAUGGGUAUCAUAGGAUAUCAUAGGGCUGUGUAUCAUAGGAUAUCAUAGGGAUGGGUAUCAUAGGAUAUCAUAGGGAUGGGUAUCAUAGGGAAUAAUAGGGAAUAAUAGGGAUGUGUAUCAUAGUAUCACAGGGUAUCAUAGGGAUGUGUAUCAUAGGGGAUCGUAAGGAUAUCAUAGGGAAUAAUAGGGAUGUGUAUCAUAGGGAUGGGUAUCAUAGGAUAUCAUAGGGAAUAAUAGGGCUGUGUAUCAUAGUAGUGUGCUGAAUAACUGAUGAAUAAGUAGUGGUCCUAUAAUGUAAACUCCAACAGGAAAUAAAUUCUAAUGUAUAACUUCAAGAUAAUUUUCACUCUGGUUUCAAUUACAUUUUCAUCCAAACUAACAAGCAAAUACUUUAUGCAUUUAUUGUUACAAAUCAACUUGCAAGGUUCCACAGAUCAAAAGGGCAAAGCCUUGCAGAUUGAUGGCUGGGGUCCAUCUGAUGAUAAGAGUCUGGGAAGAUCAAAGCCUUGCAGAUUGAUGGCUGGGGUCCGUCUGAUGAUAAGAGUCUGGGAAGAUCAAAGCCUUGCAGAUUGAUGGCUGGGGUCCAUCCGAUGAUAAGAGUCUGGGAAGAUCCAAUAGCCGUAUUUGCCAAAUUUGUUAGAAGUAGUGUAAGAUAGCAGUUAAUAGUGUAAGAAUUUGAGUUGUGUAAUUUUGCCAAAUCAAAAUGUAUUGGGAGUAUGUGAGACAAUGAAGAUGUACCAUAGUUGUUUAUUAUAUUGUGAUUGUCUUGUAUAUACAUAUAUAUAUAUAUAUACAUAUAUAUAUAUAUUAGGGUUUGAUUGUUUAUAUAUUAAGGGUAUGUUGUUUAUUAUAUUGUGAUUGUCUUGUGUAUAUAUAUAUAUAUAUAUAUAAAUAUAUAUUAGGGAUUGAUUGUUUAUAUAUUAAGGGUAUGUUGUUUAUUAUAUUGUGAUUGUCUUGUGUUUAUAUAUAUACAUAUAUAUAUAUAUUAGGGUUUGAUUGUUUAUAUAUUAAGGGUAUGUUGUUUAUUAUAUUGUGAUUGUCUUGUGUGUAUAUAUAUGCAUAUAUAUAUUAGGUAUUGAUUGUUUAUAUAUUAAGGGUAUGUGAGACAAGGAAGACGUACCAUAGUUGUUAAUUAGGAAAGGAAAUUGUAUUAAUUAUCGGAUGUUGUGAAACAAACAACAGUUGUGUCUCUCAUUGUCUGUUGUCUUUACAAUCGCCGCCUAACCUUGUUGUAUUUCCCCUUCCCCUUUUGAAAAGAACCACCAUGUAAACAUCUGUUAAGCAUUAUUGUGUUAUCCUUCAUGAUUUUAUUAAAUUGUAUGUGGAGGCGUCACCAGCUGGAGCGCCCUUAUUGUAUGUAUUUUA